CCCUCUUCCACCUUGUGUCCCACUUCUACGACCCGGAGUAUAAUGUGGUGCGGGUAGCCCACCACUCCUUCGUCCGCGGGUGGCGCACGGGUUCCAUUGUCCUGUGGGUGUGGAUAUGUGGCUUGUCCAUGUUCCUAACCUAUGACACGAGCACUAACCCGAUGACUCUUCUCAUGAACACGUUCCAGGAGCUGGCCAUGAACGACUCUACCUACGCCACUCGGUUUGCCUGUUGGUCAUUCGCCUGGUGGAAGAAACAUCAUACGAAAGACCACAACAUCUUUGUGGCGCUGUGGUCGGAGUCCUGCCUUGCAGUGGUUGCUCUGGAGAAGACCGCGGUUGAGCGCUUCUGGUGGCUCGUCUACGGAUCGCCGGCAUUCCUUCAGAUGGCCUGGACCUCUGCUCGUCUUGCCUGGACUAACGGUUAUAACGUGUCCUGCGUCCCUGCGUCCUUCUUUCGCGCUUAUGUCCUCGUGCCCAUUGCGAUCGUUCUCUGCGCACUGUAUGGAUAUCUCCAUUCCAUUCUCAUCCAGCCAGUCUGGGACGUCAUCUGCGGUUUCGUCUCCUCCGUCGCCACCAGUUUCUAUCCACGUAUAUGGGUCUACAAGAUGUAUCUGGUCUGGUCUUGGAGAUUUCAUAACCACGCGGAGUACCGCUUCACACGCUCUGAACUCAGAAAGGCCGCGACCAUGUCCCCGACAGAGCUCAAGCAAAAGAUGGAACUCGCAAACAUCCAGUCAGUUUGGUUGAACAAGUUCUCCCACACGGAAGUCGUCGGGCUCGCAAGAAAGACCAUCGAGUACCGCACGACCAUCCUCGAGCUGCUCAAAGACGUCAACUGGUGCCGCAAAGUAAUCGACUCGCUCAUGAACUACCGCCACAACGAAAAGAUGUUCCAGCACGCGCAACAAUCCAAAUCGGGGAACAAGUUCAAAUACCCAACCUACUACCCAGCCGACAUACUCGAAUUCGAAGAACCCUACUACUCCAACACGCUUAUAUUCACCGCCGAAGCAGACCCCGUGUCAGGCCUAUACUACACAGAAGCGCGCCGCACGCGUCCCCUCUUCAGCCUCAAGAAGACCUUCACAAGCACAAACAAAUGGUCCUACUACGACGUCAAGCACAACGGCUUCAAGCUCUUCGCCCACGCAUCCUGGUUCACGAACUACAUGCACAUGCCCGGCUGCUUCAGCCUGUUCGAGCACGACCCCUGGGCCCUGAAGGCAAACUUCCCAGGCAUCCACCUGCCGGAGUACAAGGCGCAUGAAGAUCCUAUCGACCUGACGAACCGACGCCCAGUUGUAGCGGAGCCGCUGAGAAAGUGGGGCAGGCUGAUUGAGGACGUUGCUGAGAAGGGCAGGCUGGUGAAUUGGCAGGUGGAGAGGCUGAGGCCGCUGGAGAAGAAGACCGUGCGUUGGGGUCAGUACAGUGAGGUGAGGGAGUUUUCAACGAUGAACUCGGAGUCAGAGAGUGUUUCGCAGAUGCGGCGAGUGCCUGGUCCCCGGAAGCGAUUCAGCUGAGGUGGGAUGCAAGAGGAGGAAUGGGUUGGAAUGAAUGGACACGGAACUUUCAUAUUUGUUAUAUGCUUGUA